AUGCCGACUAUAGUAAGUAGCUUUGAUUCGAGAAUGUGAGACCGAAGCAGCUAUUUUGGUCCUGACUCCAUUGGAAGCUUAAUGAAUCUCUUUUUAAUAGUAACAGGCCAAAUGGAUGCCUGAUAUGAGAGGGCAGCAUGCUUACCUACGCUGCUACUGUGGCUUGCUUUGAAUGGCAAAAGUGUUGAAUUCUUUCUCAGAUGAGCCAAAAUAGGAAGGCAAGUUGACUGCGAAAAUGACUUUGGAAGAUCUGUCGUUUGAAGGGUGUAG